AUAUUUUCCUUUCAAAAUAUGGAGUAGUGUGUUGAUCUGACGAUUGCGUUUCCAAAUGCUAAAAAUUACUGGUCGCGAAUAUUAGCACUUUCGGGAUAAUUAGGCGAUCAACUAAGCAGCUGAAACUGUUAACUAUCGGAAACCAAAUAAGUUAUCGCUCGAUCUCGGAUAGUGAGCUUGAAAUUUUAGUUUCUUUCGAACCGAACAGUGUUCUGUAUAUAGUACUAUUAGUACUAGGAAAUCGGCACUGUCUGAAAAAAGUUACGUCCAAAUGUUUUGUUCUUCUCAAGAUGUCGGACGAUUCGGAAGAAGCCUGUCUUGUUAGACCUAGAUCUCCAUCCUUGACUGGCGUGGCUUCUGGAACCAUGCAAUACACCCACGGAAUCGGAAAUAGCCAACCACACCACAAUAACAGUGGUAAUAACAACAACAACAACAACAGCAAUAACCACCAUUCGAUUCACAGCCAAGGCUCCCAUUCGACGGCUCGAGGAUCCCAGUCGGAAUCUGGCGAGCUUAUUGACUACGGAGACGAUGUGGUUUUAAGCCAAUUCCAUGCCGACGCCAUCAAACAGGCCGGAUUUGGUAAAUUUCAAUUCAUUGCUUCCAUCAUCAGUGGACUUGGUUUGGCAGGUCACGCGAUCCAGGUCUACGCCGUGUUCUACAUUAUUCCAUCCGCCGAGGUCGAAUACUGCAUUCUGGACACCGAGAAAAAUUGGCUAGGUUCCAUCACCCUACUGGGUAUAGCAUUGGGUGCACUUUUAUGGGGUGGACUUGCUGGGAGAACUGGAAGGAGGAAAUCAUUGCUGAGUUGUCUGGUAGUCUGUGGAGUUUUCUCAGUGAUUGCCGCUUUCAUGCCAACCUACGGUCCGUUUAUGAUGGCACGAUUUUGUGCGGCUGCAGGAAUCGGCGGGGCACUUCCUACUGCCUCAGUGUAUUUGUGUGAGCUAACACCGGUGAACUUCCGGGCACGCAUACUAGGGUUGCUCGGAGCUUUCGGUGUAGCAGGAGGAUUACUAGCCGGUGCCAUAGCCACCAUCACCGUCCCAGCCACGGGUCAAAAAGUGAUGCUAGAAAACAAAGAACAUUUCAGUGCUUGGCACCGGUAUUUACUUUUGAGCACACUACCGACUUUUGCAUCCAUUCUCGGAUUGUUUUGGCUUCCUGAAUCACCCAGAUACUUGCUUGAAAACUCCAGAGAAGUAGAAGCUUUAACCAUCUAUCAGAAAAUUUAUCAAAACAAUCGUACUCGUGGUGGAUAUUCCUUAACCGAACUCGAGCUACCAGGUACCCGUACGCAUCGUAGUCUACCCACAUCGGUUCUUCAGGAGAUGGCCAACAGCAUUUCUCUGUUCUUUGGAAGCUUUUUCCAGCUGUUCAAUAAGGUCAACAUUAAGCAAACUGUGUUUCUCUUUGCCGCGUGGACAGCUACUAUUUUCGUUUAUCACGGAUUGACAAUCUACAUUGCGGAGUACUCCAAGAGUAUAGAAUCGGAAAAUUACUACAGGAAUACAAUCAACAAAGACAACUUGUCUUUCGAAAAUACCGGGUUCAACAAAUCGAUUGAGAACAUGGUUUACAAUAAUUGUCGUUUCGUGAACUGCACUUUUAGGAGAAUGUUUAUGAGCCACAUUACAUUCAAUAAUUGCACCUUUCAAAACACGGAGUUUACCAAUGUCAAAACUAGUCGAACGCAGUUCAAGUUCAGUACAUUCGAAGAUGUUGGCCUCAUCGAUACUGAUAUGACCGAACGGCAUUUCGUCGACUGCUCCAUGAAUAAUGUGACAACUCUGAGGUUAUUGUCGACUUGCGAUCGCGACUUCGAGUUCAACAUCUACCUGGACUCGCUGUGGAAAUCACACUUCGGAGCUCUUCUUCCGGGUAUCGUGCUAAUGCUCAUGGUGGGCGAAGGAGCGCAUCGUUUUGGACGUAGCCGUGCCGCAACUUUGUGUUUCGGAUUUGCCAUCAGUUUGAGUAUCACCUUUGGCUUUCUGUACCACGAUAUUCAAGUAAUCUGGACUGCUGGCUCAGCCCAGGGUUUGAUGUUGGCAGGAAUAGCAGCGCUGACUCUACUGGCGAUAGAAAGUUACACCACUACUCUAAGGUGCACAGCUGUCGGCUUCUUCGUUUUCGGAGGUCACUUGGGAGCUCUGAUCGGAGCGCCCCUUUACACAGCGCUCCCAGUUACAUCGUCCAAAGCUGCAGCCAUCAUUUCGACGAUAUUCCUAGGUGUUCCAAUUUCGUCGGCAAUCGUCCUGAAAGAUCCCUGUCUGCUGCUAUGAGCCAGAGAGCAAACCUUUCAACUGCAACAGCAUAAUUUCCAUGAAAAGACAUCCAAUCCGAGGGUUAAUGCACACAAUGAAAGUUUCUGCUUCAUUUGAGAUGUUUUCUACCGUUCAUAUACAAACAUGUACUAAGGAAGCAUUAUUGUUUCGUGUUGAAAUGUGAUAUCUAUUAAUUGUUGUGAUUUCGUUUAACACAAUUGUUGAAAGGCAGUUUGUUCAUUAUCAAAUCAUAAUUUUAUUUGUAAUGAAAGAUCCUAUGUCCUACAUUCCUAUUGAACCUUUUUCACGUAGGAAUUUUAUUUAAAAUAUAAGAAAAAAUGAUAGAGAUGUUAAAUGAUAUUAUUACUGAAGGAGCUUAAAGCCCAAGAAAAGUAAAAACAUAUAUUAAAAAGUGAACCUAGGGAAAUGAUAAAAAAGCAUCUUGCAAUAUUUUGCCGUAUAAAUUUUAUAUUCUUCAAAAUUAAUCAAAUCGCUUCAACCGAUAGCAAUAGACACUUUGCUGUAAAUAAGAAGUAAAAGAAUGCUUCAUGCAACGAACAAUAUCAGUGAGCAAAACCUAUCAUCCUCCAGACAUUCGUAUCUCUGGUAAAUGACUAACUCAUAUCUUCCAUGUUGUGCUUUGUAUGCAUUCGAGUUUUGAUUUUGAACUAUGAAUAGAAUUAAAAUCUUGGAAAUAUUUGGUCACGCGUUUUACUUUCGGAGCUUAUUAUGUCUACAUAUAUAAAUGUAUAAGUGAAAGUUUGUUAUGUUGUGUUAACGUCAAGCCAAAUAUCUCUGUUUUUUUUAUCAAAAGAAAAAUAAUUUACUUUUGCUAAUAAUUUGUUUUAUAAAACAACAAAGUCUGAUGAUGCUCACAAUUAGAUAACGCCAAUAUGCCAUUUUCACACAACACAUAUCUCACGAGUCAAAAUACCACAACAGGAGUGCUCAUGCAAUUAUAGGUGCCAGUAAUUUGUAACAAAACAAAUUUACCCAAGACAUAUGAUAAUUUCCUGUCUGGUGAUGUCUAAUUGUUUACUGACAAACUCAAAUGUCCUAAUUUCCACUCAUGGGGUUGUUUCAAUGGAUUAGAAUUUAUUUAUAUAAAAUAGAAAUAUUUGUAUCUUUAGGUUUGUGUUUAUCAUGAAAAAAAUCUGUGUUUCCCCCAGAUACGAGUUGAGCUAAGUUUAUUAUAAGAUAAUAGUGAAAAAAUUGCGUCUACAGUUUUGUAUAAACUUAUUGUGUCAUAGUUAUAUCGUUUGUAUUCAAUACUGCAAAAGAUUAACAAAAAACAUAACUCACUUAAAGGUUAUAAAAAAGCAAAAUUGCACCAAUCGUUAAGCCCACAGGAAACAGACAACGCGGAAAAGUUAUUAAAAAAAAUUGAACGUACAUAUUUGCAAAAGGAAAAUUUCAAAUGGAAUAAACACAUUUUUAAAAGACAACUUGUACAAUGGCUUCAUAAUCUGUACAUCAAAACCAAGAUUGUUACUGAAUAAAAAGUGUAGCUGAGAA